AUGUCAUCCGGGCCAACUGUGCUGCCAAGCGCUUUUGGCUCCCCCGCAACAACCCCAGAUCGCGGCGGCGUAAUCCCCGGCAUGCAGCCCUCGGGCGCGCGCUCGAGUUGGGCGACCACGGCCCAGAAUGGCAGACCCAUCUCAUACAAUGCUCGUGGUGGCCGAUCGCCGCUUCCAUAUAUAAAGGAUCUUCAAGACCAGGCUGCGCAUUUAGAGGUUGACGAGACGAGUCCGAUAUCGUUGCUCUUGACCACCGCUGCUGCGAGUGUCCAGCAAUCCCAGAUCUUGCUUGAUGGCAACCAAGUUGGACAGGCAUACGUCCAUUAUCUUCGAGCCUCCGAGAUAGUUGUGAAUCUGAUCCCGCGCCAUGGGGAUUAUCGUACACUACACUCACAGCAUCCCAAUUUGUACGUGCAGUUUCAAAAACUCAUGCUGUCUAUCAGGCAACAGCAGUCAGCGAUGGAUACUAUUAAGCAACAAAUCAUAGAAGAUAACCUGGCGCACAAUUUGCCACGAAACGACUCGACGGGUACAAGCAAUACGGCUUCUUCAAGUACUUAUGUCGCGUAUAAGCCUACAAACGGAACGCUCCGGAUGCCCAGCCCGACAGACUUUCAAAGGGGCAGUACAUCGCAGCAGGAGAAUGCUCUGAAACUCAACCGCACCAUGUCUAGCCCGGAAGAUAUUCUUGCACAACGUUUCGCCAGACUUCGAGCAAGCCAGGGCCCGAUACCUACAAAUGGAUCCGCAGUCGCAGAUCAGAGCAUCUCCACUACAAGCAGGCCUUCAGCCGGGGUAGUGACUGAUUAUCCGCCUCGUCCGUCGCCAAGUUCAAUAUCAACGACGAUGAGCAUGUCACCCGGUCCUGGUUCCCCACGGCCAUUCGGCCCACGUGCUAUGGGCGCAUCCCAGUAUGGGCCUGGUGUUCCUGUCAGAAAACCUUUAGACACAGCCAAUGUAUCACUUCCCCGAGCGCCCGAUCCGGCUUACAACCCUAUAUGGUCAGCUCCAUCGCAGCCACCGCAACCAAAUCCACCUCGAAAGUCAACCGAGAGUAUUCAGGCGGCCAACACAAGGUACUCACAACUUGCUGAAUCAAGAAUGAGCAGUCCCAGCGGCUUUGGCGAUGACGAAAACCCGUACAGAUCCCGUACGCCGAACGGAAUCCACCUUGCGCAAGAAAAUAAGCCCACAUCUACUGAUAUUCCGCACAACACGACAAUACGUGCACAACUGUUGCUCGAAUAUAUGCGUAAAUACAAUGUGCUUGUGAUAGAUGUGCGACCUCGUGAUCUUUACGAUAGUGGACAUAUCUACGCUCGAUCCAUCAUAUGUAUUGAGCCGGUAGUGUUGAAAGAGAAUGUGUCGGCGGAAGAGCUAGAGGAGCGACUGAUUGUCUCUCCGGAACAUGAGCAGUCUUUAUUUGAAAGAAGAAACGAAUUCGAUUUGGUGGUAUAUUAUGAUCAAAACACCGACUCUGUCAGCUAUCUAGCUGGAUCUCCAGUUGGCACGUCAGCGCCCCACCUUAGGGCUCUUUACGAUACUUUGUAUGAGUUUAACGCUUAUAAACCUCUCAAAGAUGGCAGGCCACCCGCAUUAUUGGUGGGAGGGUUGGAUGCCUGGGAGGAUCUGGUCGGAUCGCAAUCGCUCGCAACGUCGUCUACAGCAGCAAUAAUGGGGUCCUUACAGACAAAGCGUGCCUCACACAGGCCGGAACGCGCUUUCGGAAGAGUGCCAUCAGCAAGCGCGAAUUCGAGUCUCGAAAUCCGCAAGAGGCGUCUCCGCGAGUUUACGCCGCUCAACCAUGAAGAAUUGACCGCGUGGAUGGAGCGUGCCAAAAAUGAAGAGAUCAAACCGGGUGUCUAUCAAGGAGAUGAGGCAGGCAUACUGGAAGAAGAGAUUGAUGGCAAUGUAGCAGAAGAACCUCCAUCUCCGUUUGUGCGUUCCUAUGAAGAUUUUCUCAGGCGGUUCCCAGAACCACAGGCUAUUCAGCAAUCGAUGGUCGUGCCGGAACCCAGGGCUCCUGUGACUUCAACGCCAAAUUAUGCUUCACCGGUUCCAGUAGCACCAUCACGACCACCCCCUGCGAUGCCUCGACCAAGCUAUGGGGGCGUCUCGGAUGGAAGACAAAUUCAACCCACCCUUGCCCGUCAGAAUUCUGCGACAAAGGCUGCGCUAUACACGUCUAAUUCAUUUAUGACGAGACUGAAGCUACCCCGUACAGGGCUGACCAAUUUUGGAGUGACAUGCUACAUGAACUCUACGCUUCAGUGUCUGAGUUCGACGGCAGUUAUGAGCAAAUUUUUCAUUGACGAUCGUUUCAGGUACUACGUUCAGAAGAAUUGGAAGGGAUCACAGGGUGUUAUGCCUGGUCUGUAUGCCAACUUGAUCCGCUCGCUCUGGAAAAAUGAUGUUGAGGUCAUCAUACCGACGUCUUUUCGGAAUUUUUGCGGCCGACUGAACCGGGAAUGGGCCAUUGACCGUCAACAGGAUGCCAAAGAGUUUUUCGACUUUUUGGUGGACUGUUUGCAUGAAGAUUUGAAUAUCAAUUGGCAAAGAACACAGUUGCGGCCCUUGACAUUCGAAGAGGAGAUGCAGCGUGAGCGUAUGCCUGUACCCAAAGUGUCAAAAAUUGAAUGGGAUCGGUACUGUCAUCGUGAAGAGUCGUUCAUUUCAUCACUGUUUGCAGGGCAACACGCGAGUCGUCUAAAAUGUACAACAUGUAAGCGUACCUCGACGACCUACGAGGCGUUUUACAGUAUCAGCGUUGAGAUUCCCCACACGGGUACUGGGGAUAUCUAUCAAUGUCUGCGGAGUUAUUGUCAAGAGGAAAUGCUUAGUGGCGAUGAAGUCUGGAAAUGCCCGUAUUGCAAAUGUGAGCGUGUGGCCACUAAACAGAUCAUCAUCACUCGUGCGCCUCAAAUUCUGGUUAUUCACCUGAAGCGAUUCUCGGCGUCAAAGACUCAAUCCGCCCGAAAGAUACAUACACCUGUUGAUUUUCCGCUGCAUGGCUUGCGUAUGGAUAAUUUUGUGAUACCCUAUCCCGCCGCCAAUCCUGAAGGCGAUUCUGUCAAUGGUAAUGGUGGCGCUGCAACUCCUUCAUCAACGUCUCUCUCACCUACAACACCACCAUUCACGUACGAUGCAUACGGCGUGUUGCGACAUCUGGGUUCAACGCUCAGUGGUGGACACUACAUCUCGCUCGUACGAGAUGCACAACGACAAUGCUGGCGACGAUUCGACGACGAGCGAGUGUCAGAUUUUAAUCCACGCGACCUGAGGUUCUCAGACCGUCUACAGAAUGAGCAAGCAUAUAUACUGUUUUACGAACGUGUUCCAGCGAAAUAA